AUGGCUAGAUUGGGGGAUUCCAUUCACUUCUCAGACAGAAGACACGGACAAUGUUUACAACCGAGACAAAAGCUCACGGAACAAGAGAUCUUGGAACUCAAAAACUACCUUCCUGAGUGGACUGCCACAAAAUGGCACGAGAAACCGGGAAUAUUCACAGCCAUAGCUCGAGCAGCAAGAUUGUUUGCUCCAAAGCUUGACCAUGGACAAUUAAAAAAGGGGAAGCAGAUCUAUAAAACCUGGUUGUUCAACAACAAGAAAAAGAAGGAAAUGAAGGACAUGAUAAAGUAUGGGAGGAAAUGGACCCCUAGGAUGGUGGUCUAUCAGCAGAACAGAGAUGAUGUGCUCAAGAGGAUCGAGGCGGAAUACAGGGCGAAGCCAGGAGCUCCGGAUAUGUUCAAGUAUUACCAGGCAACCGUCUGUAAGGUGAUGGAAGAAUUGUCUGAUGAAGAGUUGGAGAAGGUGAAAGAAACAGCCGACAAAUGGUCCAACAACAUUCCUCCUCCCGAGAUUCAAGCACAAGUCGCCGGUAAGAAGGGACCCGCAUACAUGGAGCACUUCUCCAAUGAGAUGUGGAGACAAUGCAGGAUGAGAGUGUUUGUAUUGUCUGCCUGGAAGAAUGAGCAGGGCCAAGUGCUAUUCGGAACGCACGAUGAUAAUGAGGCAUUGGGAGACAGGGACAGCUUCAUGAAGACAAAGGACUGGGAGGAUAUCGAACCAAUUUGGCAGGAGUAUGCACAAGCACAGUUCAGUGCCGAGGCAAGGGAUGGCGAACGACAGGAGAAGGAACAUCGAAAAAGACCUAGGAAACCGGCCUUCGAACUGGACAUGAAUGGGGAAGGCAUCCCUUCACUUCCGGACACCGUGCAAACAAAGCUCGAGGAGAAGAAGGCAAUAGUGAGGGCGUUUCUUACAACACACCAUCGACUCUGUUCUGGCAUUGACAAGGCCGUCGUCCCUUGGAGCGCCAUUGUAGAAUGUGAGGAUGCCGUUGUAUCACUGAUGUAUCUUCUGAGCGGGGUGCAUUUGAAGGACCCUUCAAAGUUGCAAAACUCUGAUGCAACAGCCUUGCUGAACUUCUGGUAUGCUCGCCAGGAGAAUGGUGAUGAUCCGAUCUUCCUGUUCAAAGCAUGGAAGAACAAAGUUGGCAACAUGAUGAAACCAGUCUCGACCGGGGGAUCAGACGAGUCAUCGUCCGACGAGUCUCAUGCUUGCAUCCCUCACUGGGGCAUCAUGAUCAGGAGGCCACAGGAUUCAUCAACGGAAUCCGAGAUCGAUGGUCGGCUGCACCAUGCCCUUGCUGCCAAUGCCCACCGGCUCUCCGAAAACAACCGAGUGUCAUCGGAGGAUGAUAGUCCGGGGGAUGAUGACUCUGGCACGGAUGAGGACAGUGCUAGAACCGUCCAUAAGGGGGUUCGGGUAGCGCCAGGACCGCUAUCAGCCUGGAACAUCAGGCAAGGAGUGCAACACCCGCUUCCAAAGCCUCACCCGGUGAGGCCGGCAAGGCCAGUGCAACAGGCUGCUCGUCCACUGCUGGGGUCACAGAUGGGUGAUCUCCUCACGGGGUUGACUCGUGCAAACCGAGGAGUCAACCGUCAAAACGAAGCUACAACUGAGGAGGAGACACAUGUGUCCCCGGUGCCAAAGGGAAUCCAGCGACAGAAAAAGGUGAUUGUGGGACCUCCGAGCAGAACUCAAAGUAAGACCAUGGAAAAGUCAUUAGAUAUUCCUAGGAGAGUCACUAGAGCGAGGGCAGGGAAGUAA